AUGGCGAAUAACAUGGUUCCAUCAGAUCCGUAUGACAAUAUAUGUCCAAUUUGUUAUACAGAGAUUACGCCUCCCGUAUCUACUACCAAUGUUUGUACUCACCGCUUCUGUUAUACUUGCUUAAAACAUUGGUUUGAUCUGAACCCAAGCUGUCCACUUGAUAGAAAGAGCUGCAGCAAAAUAAUUAUUUUGCCUCCAGAAAAUACGAAAAAACGCAUUCGACGUUGGAACCCUGAAGACAGACUUCAAAUUCGGGCUUUCUGGGGUAACCUCGAUGAACCAGUCGUAUCUCCAUUAGAUGACUCCCGGGAAAACGACAUACAGUCUGAUAAUAGUGGUUUAGCGUUCUUGAUAGAAACUACUGAAGAAGAUUUAAUAAUUUUCAUCGUUAGACUAGCUGGAUUUGUCGAAAAAACAACUUGGGUUUGUUCGGAUUUUGUCAUUUGA